UUACAGGGUAAACUCUUUGACGCUACGAUAACUGAUGAAGGAACGUGGACGUUAGAAGACAGGAAGCUGAUACGAAUUGUUCUGAUGAAGACAAAUCGAGAUGCUGGGAAUUGUUGGACGUCUCUGUUAGAAAAUGAAUAUGCUGCUGAUCCUUGGGUGCAGGACCAGAUGCAAAGGAAACUUACACUGGAGCGAUUCCAAAGGGAGAACCCUGGAUUUGACUUCAGUGGGGCAGAAAUUUCUGGAAAUUACAGCAAAGGAGGACCAGACUUUUCUAGUCUUGAAAAGUAACUGGUUUUAUCUUUGUUCCUUGAGAGGAAUAACACAUUACACUUAAGGACUAGAACCAUGUAACUGGUGAUCUCUUCAAUGGAUUGGCAUCAAGUAAUAACUUCAGUGAAGAGAAAGAAGAUCUCUUCCAGUAGAAUGAAGACAAAGCGUUACCAGCUGAUUUAUAAGCUGCAAUAACUUUCUAAUACUAAGGGACAAACUAUAGAGAAAGGUGUACACAAAAAAAGUGACAUCUUUAAG